CUGGUUCAACAGUACGAGUGAACGCACCCUCUGCAUUAAUUCCCGAAGAAGGAAGUGACGUAGCAGUGUCAUGCGCAGCAGACUGUUUCCUCCGAUGUGACUUCACGUGGACGUUCAACGACAAGACAAUAAGCAACUCAAGCAUUCUCUCUAUAUCCGGAAUUAACAGAUGACAGACUGGAAUCUACACGUGCACCGCUGUCAACCCAGAUACACGACAAACGGCAAAUACAACAGUACAAGUGGAUGUGCUGUACCAACCUGUUAUUAAGUUGUUGCAGUUAAAGAAACCCGAAACUAAAGCUGAUGUUGACGAAGUAAGACCCAUCACUUUGAUCUGUGUUGUCGACAGCAACCCGACAUCUAGCAUGAAGCUGUUCAGGGGCAGACGACUCGUACGACAGAUGACGAAUGUGACGAGUCUGGAAUACACCUGGCACGAAGCUGUGUGUCAAACCUCGGGGACGUACUCGUGUGAAGCAGAAAACAGCGUGAAGUCACCGGCCAGGCACACAUUGGAACUGGCUGUGGAAUGUUUUCCAGGUAAAGAAGACGGUCGGUUCGCGGCAGGUUUUGGGGCAGGGAUUGGAACAACAGUUGCCCUACUCCUGCUAUGUGCAGCAGCCGUCCUUUUGUACUUCCGGUUGAAGAAAUCUCGAAAACAGAAGCAGGAGAAAACCUCGAGCAGAAACACGGAACAGCAGCUAUACAGUAAUGCAGCUUUUGGUAAUCAAGACAAGUCUGCUAGACCGGAAGCUCACGCUGCACCGGAAGCUGAUAAUACUGUAUACUCAUCGCUUGGCGCAACAGGUUCUGAGUCACCCUAUGAAGGUCUUACAUUUGAUAACAGAACACAAGAAGUGACGUACGAAAACGUACAGAAGUGAACGCUGUUGAUUGGUUCCUUUCAUCAGACUUGAACUCCGUUCACUUGGUGAACUGCGACUAGAGAUAUGCUGAUAUCAUAAAGCAGCAGGUGUUGACAGAGUAGUUAACGAAUACAUUAAGUCAACCGCUACGUUGCUGAUGCCAGUUUAUGUUAAACUUUUUAAUACUAUUUUUGAUAAUGGAGUCUUACCAGAUGAAUGGCAUAUCGGUAUUAUUAUAACAAUUUUUGAAAACAAAGAAAAUUACCGACGAAUCACAUUACUUUGCUGCUGCUCACAACUUUAAUUAGUAACCGUUUAAGUUUAUUCAUUGAGGAAAAUAAUACGAUUAGUGAGGCCCAAACCGCGUUCCGUAAAGGCUACUCGACUACAGACCAUAUGUUUUACAUUACGUCACUUAAUAGAUAUCUUGAGAGAAAAAAAAUUAUAUUGCGGUUUUGUGGAUUUUAAGAAAGCAUUCGACACGGUACCUAGAAUACAGCUCUGGCAUAAACUACCACAGCAUAACAUAACCGGUAAUUUUUUUAGAAUUAUCCAUCAAAUGUAUCAAGGCGUUAAAUCAAUGAUUGUCGUAAAUAAUCAGCAAUCUACUUUAUUCCCAUGUAACAACGGUAUCCGUCAAGGUGAAAAUUUAUCCCCUAUUCUAUUCUCCCUGUAUUUUUAUGAUUUAGAAGAUUAUUUAUCUAGCCAUGGAUGUGAAAGGGUUUCCCCUACAGGAGACAACCAAGAUCACACAAUAGAUAUUGCUUUACACAUGCGUUGCUUGUUAUAUGCAGACGGAGCUGCCCUAUUAUCAACCACUGCAGCAGACCUCCAACACACCUUAAAUAUGUUUUAUCAAUAUUGCAAUA